UUAACUCUUUCACCGUUCACGACUUGAUAAUUUGAUUACAUUUCAAUUUCUUUGUUCUGGACUUAUGGUUCUUAUAAACUCACCUAAAUCCUCAACUGAAUAAAAUACACACGCUACUACAUUUGUUAGUAGCUAAAGAAAAUAUAGAUUACAUAGAAAACCAGAGAAAGAAAUUAGCUAAAAUUGGUUUCUUUCUUCCUUUAAUGGGCUAAAAUUUCUUCUAAGUUUGUGAGAGAGAGAAAAAAAGGAGGGUUUUUUUUGUUAAGUGAACUUCAAAACCCACAAAAUUUCUCAUUUUCUCUCUUUUACAAUGGAUUUAACCACUAAAAUUCACCGAAUUGAUCUUCGUUCAACUUUUAUCACUGGUUCAUCUUCUUCAACUUUGUUAGAUUCUCGAAAAUCUUCACUUUUACCUCUUACAUCUUCAUUUUCCACCAUUAAAGCUUCAACCUUUAGUAACAAUUCAGUAAAAUCUUCAAAACCCAUUUCACAGUCAAAUCCUAGACUCAAACUAUCUCAAAUUUCAUCCAAAUUAUCUGCCCUAGCUGUUGAAACACCAACCCCAAAUACCCAGAACAGGGAUGAAAUUGAAGCUCUGUUUUCUAAAGAUUCUGCUUCUGAUUUUGAUAGAAAAAGGGGAAAUAAUAGAAAAUCAAAUUCUGGGGCUUCAAGUGUUUCAUCUGGGGUUAGAUUGGAGAAUGUUAGUAAGACUUAUAAGGGAGUUACUGUGCUGAAAGAUGUGAGUUGGGAAGUGAAAAAGGGUGAAAAAGUGGGGUUAGUUGGGGUAAAUGGGGCUGGGAAAACUACCCAAUUGAGGAUUAUUUCUGGGUUGGAAGAAACUGAUUCUGGGAAUGUGAUUAAGGCUAAAAACAAUAUGAAAAUAUCGUUUUUGAGCCAAGAAUUCGAGGUUUCGCUGAGUAAGACUGUCAAGGAGGAGUUUAUGAGCGCGUUUAAGGAAGAAAUGGAGGUUGCAGAUAAGAUUGAGAAGGUGCAAAAGGCUAUUGAGGGAUCUGUUGAUGAUUUGGAUUUGAUGGGGAGGUUGUUGGAUGAGCUUGAUUUGUUGCAGAAUAGGGCACAAGAUGUAGAUGUGGAUCAGGUGGAUGCUAAGAUCAGUAAAUUGAUGCCUGAGCUCGGGUUUUCGCCCGAGGAUUCUGAUAGGCUAGUGGCAUCUUUUAGUGGUGGAUGGCAGAUGAGAAUGUCACUUGGGAAGAUUUUGCUUCAGGACCCGGAUUUGCUGCUCUUGGAUGAGCCUACUAAUCACCUUGAUCUUGACACCAUUGAGUGGCUUGAGAAAUAUCUUAACAAGGUGGAUGUGCCAAUGGUCAUCAUAUCUCAUGAUAGAGCUUUUCUUGACCAGCUUUGUACCAAAAUUGUGGAGACAGAAAUGGGUGUGUCUAGGACAUUUGUAGGAAACUAUUCUGACUAUGUUAUUUCAAAGGCUACUUGGAUUGAAGCUCAAUUUGCUGCAUGGGAGAAGCAACAGAAGGAAAUUGACCAAACCAAAGACAUAAUCAACCGAGUUGGUACGGGUGUCAGUGUUGGCCGAGGAUCCACUGCAGAGAAGAAAUUGGAAAGGCUUCAAGAUGAGGAGCUAGUUGAGAAGCCUUUCAUAAGGAAACAAAUGAAGAUCAGAUUCCCCGACCGUGGCAGGAGCGGGAAGUUGGUUGCGACAGUGGAAAAUCUGCAAUUUAGCUAUGGCGAUAAUGUGCUAUUUCGCAAUGCAAAUCUUACAAUUCAGCAAGGGGAGAAAAUUGCUAUACUUGGCCCAAACGGGUGUGGGAAAAGCACAUUGUUAAAACUAAUAAUGGGUUUGGAAAAACCUACUUCUGGUGAAGUUAUACUAGGGGAGCAUAACGUGGUUCCAAAUUAUUUUGAGCAGAAUCAGGCUGAAGCGCUGGAUUUGGAUAAAACGGUGCUCCAGACAGUGGAAGAAGUUGCAGAGGAUAAAGAACUUAGUGAAAUAAAGAAACUUUUAGGAGUUUGCAAUUUUAAAUCUGAUAUGCUAGAUAGGAAGGUCUCCCUUUUGAGUGGUGGAGAGAAGGCGCGCUUGGCCUUCUGCAAGUUCAUGGUGAAACCAUCAACCCUACUGGUUCUUGAUGAGCCUACCAAUCAUUUGGAUAUCCCUACAAAGGAGAUGCUUGAGGAAGCUAUACAAGAAUAUCCGGGUACUGUCAUUACAGUUUCCCAUGAUCGGUAUUUUGUUCGUCAAAUAGUGAACAGAGUAAUCGAGGUUAAGGACGGACAUGUACAAGACUAUGUCGGUGACUACAAUUAUUAUUUAGAAAAGAAUCUUGAUGCAAGGCAAAGGGAAUUGGAACGUGAGGCAGAGCUAGAAGAGAAGAAUUCUAAAGUAAAAGCGAAAUCAAAGAUGUCCAAGGCCGAGAAGGAGGCUCGGAAGAAACAAAAAAUGGUGGCUUUUCAGCAGGCAAAAGCAAAAUCGAAGGGAUUAAAGAACGCAAAGAGAUGGAACUGAUUCGACAUGCAGUAUCUUUUGGUAUUAUUAAUGAAGAUCCGCUCAUCGUAAUCGAUUUCUCUUUGUUGAGGUAACCUCGAAAAGGGUGUCUAUGUAAGGCUCUUUUUGAUCUUUGAUCUUGUACAUAGCUACACGUUGGUAUAUAGGGACCUUCAGGUGGUCUUUGUUUUGUCAUUGGGGAAAGAUGAGAACUUGUAGAAUCUGUAAUUGAAAUAGUGUACUGAACCUUAAUAUCAGUUUACUGCAUACUUAGCUUAGAACUUGAGAGAACUAUCUAUAGAUUUUGUAAAUAACAAUUUGGUAUGCCCUUAAUUAUGCGAUUCUAUAUCAAUUUCACCAUUUAACUUUUUGUUUA